UUUGGAAGGUGUUCUGGAACCGAAAAACAUUUGGAAGCUGGAGUCUCAUGUGGGAGUAAAUUAUUCAGUGAUCCGAAGCCGGAUAAUCAGAUUCGUUUGAAAUAUCAAACGUAUGGCCAGCUCCAGGUACAAGGUAGUCUUGGUGAGUGGUUCCCUGUUUGUGGCACCAACUGGACGACAGAAGCUUCGCAGGUUGUUUGCAAACAAUUGGGAUUUAAAGCUCAUUAUGGCUUCACUCUUAAACCAUAUGAAAUAUAUGGGGACUACCGAAUUAUAACUAAUUUGAAUUGCAAUGGAAGAGAGAAAACGCUUGGGGAUUGUUAUUAUACUAAGUGGACAGCACUUUACGGCCGUGCGAGUCCUUGGCAUAAAACGCAAGCACUUGAAUGUGGCUCAAUUGGGAUACAAAUAUCUUGUGUUGAUACAGCAACGAGACCCCGCUUAGUUGGGGGCCAGAGUAACACCGCUGGUCAACUUGAAAUAUGGUAUGAGAACAAAUGGAGGAAGGUUUGCCUUUUUAAAGAAGGAACAAUUCAUGCAUCAUAUAAUAAGAUAG